AUGGACGGUGGCGAUAGGCUGAGAGUGACGUUACUAGAUCGAAUGUCGACGGUGGAGAAUAGCCGGAGCUCGUUAACGGGAUUGACUCUAGAAGCCAUUCUAAUGGCCGACAAAAACGUAACCUCGCCGCAGCCACAGCAAAUUGCGCCGCCUCCGACGUCGAGGAACAACCAAUCGAAUCGGACACUUCUCGAUGUAAUGCAGACAGAGCACCGCCCCCGAGAUAAAACCGCUUGGAAAUCUCUCCGUGAGAAGCUCCGGCUCAAACGCAACGGCACUGUUUGGAUCUCGUCGAAUCCUGUCCCGAGCUCGGAUACGCCUAUCCUUAACCGGGAUAACGAUAGAAACCGGCUCGGUUUUCUUUUUUCCAGCUCCGGAGACGCAAGAGGUGACUCACCGCCGGUUUCUGAGUUCAACGGAGCAACGGCGGAGGGAAGGAUCCGGUUAGGAGCUGUGUUGGCGGAGGAGAGAGCGUUAUCAGCGAGGGAAGAGGAAACGUUGUCGGUGACGGCGGAGAUUCAGCCGGCGAGGAUGUCUUUGAUGGAGUUGCUGGAGGAGAACGAAGGACAGAUGAGUUUCGUUAGUGUCGUAGACGGCGAGGAAGAUGACAGAGGAGGAGGAGUGGCGGCGGAGGAGGAGAUGACGACGGCGGCGGUGGCGGCGGAGAUAAGUUGUUGUGUGUGUAUGGUGAGAAGCAAAGGAGCGGCGUUUAUUCCGUGUGGCCAUACGUUUUGCAGGUUGUGUUCGAGAGAGCUUUGGGUGCAAAGAGGAAACUGUCCUCUCUGCAACACCACCAUUUUAGAAAUUCUUGAUCUCUUUUAG